UUCUUUCUUUAAAGGCUGUGACUUGAUUCUAUUAAAUUCUUGGUCUUUUUGUCCUUUGUUUUGUCAAUUUUAUCUUCAUCUUCGGUGAUCUUUAUUCUUAUAUUAAUUUUAACUGUUCCUUUGAAAUUUUACCACAUUGGCGCAAAUCAACAGUAUCAUGGCUAAAAGUCACAAAGAUUGGAAUUUAGCUUGUAAAGUUUAUAUCGGUAAUCUGAGUGAGACCACAUCAAGAGCUGAAGUAGAAAAUGCAUUCGCUUGGUAUGGGCCCUUGAAAAAUGUUUGGGUCGCAAGGAAUCCACCCGGUUUUGCUUUUGUUGAAUUUGAAGAUAGUCGUGAUGCUGAGGAUGCUUGCCGGGGCUUAGAUGGAACCAGAAUUGGCCCUUCAAGGGUUAGAGUAGAAAUGUCACAUGGUAAGUCAAGGCGUGGAGGACCUCCCGGUGCACGACGUCGUGGAGGUGGCGGUGGAAGAGGAGUUCCUUUUGACAGAGGAGAUGCUCAUGAUAUUAGAGAUGUCAGAGAAGUGCGAGAUAGCCGAGAACCAAGAGAACCUAGAGAGCGGCGUGAUCAUGGCAUUGAACCCAAAAGGCGGCGUGAAGAGCCUCGUCCAUAUCGAAAGUCAAGAUCCGUUAGUCGUUCCCCAUCUCGAUCCCCAUCACGAUCAUUUUCCAGAUCUCGAUCAAGAUCACCAGCAGUUAGACGUAAAGGAACAGCUCGACAUGUUCGAUCAAUUUCUAGAGAACGAUCACGAAGAUCACCACCCCCUGGAUCACCAUCUCCUGUUUACGCUCGAUCACCACGUUCCAAUCGAUCUCCACAAUCACCCCGAUCACCCAGAUCACCUCGAUCUCCUCGAUCACGGAUAUAAAAAAAAUCUAAUCAAUGAAAAUUUCAUCAACAACAAUAAUAACAACAAAAACAACCACAGUGACAAAAUAAAAUCAGGAAAAAAUGAAAUUCAACCAAUUAAAAAGUAAAAGCGUAUUAUCAUUCAAUGUAAUUAAAAGAAAUUUUUUAAUUACAA